AUAAUGGUUCCGUCCUUUAGCGUACUAUGAGGAGAAGGACGCGAUCUCGACAACUGUCAGUGGUUGUUUUCACAUGUGAUUAACAAACAUGGCGAGGUUUUUGAGGCCUAACAUCCGGAGUUUUCUCACCUCACAGCUGAGAAUGUCAUCCGACCAGCUGGGCGAGCUGGGUAAAGGUGCAGGAAAAGGUGGUGGUGCUGGAGGCUCCAUCAGAGAGGCCGGUGGUGCCAUGGGGAAGAAGCAGGCCGCAGAGGAGGAGAUGUACUUCAAGCGUAAGGAGAAGGAGCAACUGGCUGCAUUGAAGCAGCAUCACCAGGAGGAAAUUGACCACCACAAAAAGGAGAUUGAACGAAUGCAACGCGAGAUCGACCGCCACAAGGGAAAAAUCAGGAAGUUGAAGCACGACGACUGAGUGAAACCACCUGGGGGUUCCAGUAUUGUCAUCUAACUGACGAAUCUCCUUUACUACUUAUUCAGAUGGCUGCAUGCGCUGUGUCACCAGGACGGUCAUUCAAUUCUGAGUAGUUGUUCUGUGAAAGCUUGAAUUAUUAAAACCGUUCAUUGAAGGAAUUGUGUUGACCUGAUUCAAGUUGUACCACUUUCUCCAGCCUUUUCCCUUCCUCUAGAGUCGGUGAUCAGUAGUGUUGCAUGCCAAAAACACCUAAGUGAAAAAAAACAAAUAUUUGUAAUGCUUCCAUUUGGCAGAAACUUGAUGUAUUAAUAAAUAAGUACAUUAAAUGGCA